AUGUGCGACAAGCGUCUGUGCGCUUGUGAAAAGAAGCAGAAGGCGCGGACGAUACCCGGCUUCAUGGCUCUAGACGACGAGAGAGUGAAGGCCCUCGAGGAUGCCUACUCGGAGUACGCGAAGAUCGAUAGCGGGUCUUUGUUGAAGAAACACUUGAGCCAGGCGAUUUUCGAUAACCUGAAGGCACGCGUGACCAGCAACGGAUCCACCCUGAUGGACGUGAUUCAGUCCGGUUUGAAGAACCCGGACUCCCACGUUGGCAUUUACGCCCCGGAUCAACAGGCCUACGACGUUUUCGGCGAUUUGUUUAAUCCCGUGAUCGAGGAGUAUCACGUUAACUUCGCGUCCGACGACGUUCAUCCUGAUCUAGACUGGGGAACGCCCGAGGAGCUCGGCGAUGUUGAUCCCGACGGGAAGUACGUGAUCUCGACGAGGAUCCGUUGCGCCAGGUCGGUCGAAGGAUAUCCGUUAAAUCCCACCAUGACUAAGGCUCACUAUAUAGAACUGGAGAGAAAGGUGCGAGAGGCUUUAAAUUCGUUAGAAGGCGAGCUGAAAGGAAGUUAUUACACGCUAGCGGCGAUGGAUAAAGAGACACAACAGCAGCUCAUAGACGAUCAUUUUCUGUUCAAAGAGGGCGAUCGAUUCCUGGAGGCGGCCAACUCCAAUAGGUUCUGGCCAGCUGGCAGAGGAAUAUAUUUUAACGAGGCGAAAACUUUUCUCGUCUGGUGCAACGAGGAGGAUCACAUGCGUCUGAUAUCGAUGGAGAAGGGCGGGGACCUGUCGUCCGUGUACGCGAGACUUGUUAAAGCGGUUACCGAAGUCGGGAAGAAACUGGAAUUCUCGCGGCACCAAAGGCUCGGCUACCUCACCUUCUGCCCGACCAACCUGGGAACGACCAUCAGAGCCUCCGUUCACGCCCGUCUGCCGAAAUUGAGCGCGGAUUAUCCGAAAUUCGAAGAAAUCGCCGCCAUGUACAACCUCCAGAUUCGAGGCACCAGGGGCGAGCACACCGAGAGCGAAGGAGGGGUGUACGAUAUCAGCAACAAACGACGGCUGGGUCUGACCGAACGAGAAGUGGUAUUCGAGAUGAGAAACGGCGUGCUCGAGUUGAUCAAACAGGAGAAACAACUGGAAGAAAGCGAGUCGUAA